AUGUGCGAUUUCCAGUAUUUACCGUUGCGGCCAAGCGAACAUGUUGCUGGCUGCUUUGAAGAUUUGGUUUCAACGAUUUAUACGUUUAAAGCGAUGUGCGAUUUCCAGUAUUUACCGUUGCGGCCAAGCGAACAUGUUGCUGGCUGCUUUGAAGAUCUGGUGACGAGCUUGAUACCAACGGAUCUGAACAGUGCCAUGUCGUGGUGGAAUCAUCCAGACAAGGGACGUCGGUUGCCUCUGCACUUGCCUCCCUAUCAGUUCUCG